ACGUCCUCGUACCCUUACAGUGUUACGCUAACGUGGCAGAAGAAGCGAACCUGGGUUACUAAAGAUGGAGUUAGCCGUGUUGGUCGCCGUCUCCUUGCUAAUAGGAGCCCUGGUCCUCCUCGUCGUUGUCGCUCUGGGGAAACACCGAGAAGAACAGAAAGAGGAAUCCGACCAGAAUACGGAGACAGUCGAAGAGAAAAUAAACGGGCAAUCGGAGAGACUCCUCCCAUCAAAGAAACAGAAGCCGCAGCAGCGCCCCCGAAAGGAGAAACCACAGCAGCACACCUUCUCGCACCCGCUGCUGGCGGCCUCUCUGAAGGCUCAUAGUGGGAACAUCACCUGCCUGGACUUCAGCAGCAACGGCAAGUACCUGGCAUCCUGCGCUGAUGACCGCACCGUCCGCAUCUGGAGCACCAAGGACUUCCUGGAGCGGGAGCAUCGCUGCCUGCGGGCCAACGUGGAGCUGGAUCACGCAACCCUCGUCAGCUUCAGUCCCGACUCGCGGGCCUUCAUCACCUGGCUGGCUAAUGGCGAGACUAUCCGCGUGUUUAAGAUGAACAAGAAGGACGACGGCUCCGUCACCUUCAGCGCUGCACCCGAGGACUUCCCCCAGAGACACAAGGCUGCUGUGAUCAGCAUCGGCAUCGCAGAGACAGGGAAGUUCAUAAUGACGGCCUCCAGCGACACCACCAUCCUGAUCUGGGACCUGAAAGGGGAGGUCCUGGCCUCCAUCAACACCAACCAGAUGACCAACGCGUACGCCACCGUGUCUCCCUGUGGCAGGUUUGUGGCGUCCUGUGGGUUCACCCCGGAUGUGAAGGUCUGGGAGGUGUGUUUCGGGAAGGGGGGCGACUUCAAAGAGGUGGCGCGGGCCUUUGAUCUGAAGGGGCACUCGGCCGGCGUCUGCUGUUUCUCAUUCUCCAACGACUCGAGGAGGAUGGCGACGGUUUCCAAAGACGGGACGUGGAAGUUGUGGGACACGGACGUGGAGUACAAGCAGCAGCAGGACCCCUACCUGCUGCUGACGGGCCGGUGCCAGGUGUCGGAGCCGUGCCGCAUCGCGCUGUCCCCGGACGCCCGCGUGGUGGCCAUCUCCUGCGGCUCCAGCCUGGCUCUGUACAGCGCGGCGAGCGGGGAGCUGGAAGAGGAGUUCCAGGGGGUGCACAGCGAGGAGAUCAGCGCCCUGCACUUCGACAUCAACAACCGAUUCGUAGUAACCAGCGGGGACCGGGUCAUCCGCGCCUUCCACAACACCCCCGGCUACCGCGCCGCCAUCCGCGAGAUGGAGGCCAUGCUGAGGAAAGCCUCCAACGAGGGCAUGCGCCAGAGACUGCAGCUGCAGAUCAGAGAGGCACAGAGUGCCCUGGACAGUGUGGGCGCGGUCAGGGAAUGAAAGAGAGAGAGAGAGAGGCAUUUCCCAGCUUCAAAACCAAAUUAAACUGUUCUUGUUUUUCUCCGCUGUUUUUGUUUCUUGCUGAUUUUAAAACAAAUCAUGUUUCUAAUAAAAUGUUGAUGUGUUUUCCAAAAAAGAAAGCAAGCAAGCAAGCCUGUGCAUGUUUUUUUUUUUUUUUUUUCAUUUUGCCCUGGUUGAAGUGGAGACCAUUAUAUUUACUGUAUACCUGUGAAUGUAUUUCACCAGAAGACUGAGUGGAACGAAUGUGAUCACAUCCAAUUAUGGUCGAAUUUUCUUUUCUUGUUAAGUAUUUGAACAGGCAUGGUUUGCAGAGUCCAUUGAUAUCGUUUGUUAUGGAGAGGUUCAGGAAUGCUUUGAUGUGUGUGUUUCUGUCUCGCGAUCCCAAAGCUUCAAGUGUGCAAGCAGGGCUGGAAUCUGCAACUUCAUUUCUUUAACCUUCCUCCCGGUCCUGUGCUCUGAUCUACAGGCUACACUGGCACUAGUAUGUCAUCCUGAGAAUAACGAUUAAAUAAGUGCUUUCAAACCCACGCAGAGCCUUCAAGCAGCAGCAGUAGCUGAAUCACUUGUGUAUCCCAUCAGCACAAGGCAAAACAUGAACUUUGUUUAACUCCUGCUGUCCACGGUGAGAGCAAAUUGUAUGAAUUUCAGAAUCUCUGUAUUUUAUCA